UAUUUCUGAUACAAAAAUGAAACCUGAAUUACCAAUUCCGAUUUAUUUACAGAAAGGAAGAAAUACAGACUGAUAUAAUAAGAUUGUUAGAAGUUGUAGCAUUCAUUACAAUUUGAAAUAAUUAUAAACAAAAAAGAGAAAUCCUAGCAGGGUACAUUAAAUCAAUUUUCGAAGUAUGGACGAAAUCCGGGACAUAAGACAAUUAUUUCAAAGUGCUAAAGAACAAAACAAAUAUGUGGCCGUCGCAGCUCCAAUGGUGCGCUAUAGCAAACUGGAAUUCCGACGCCUGUUGCGUCAAAAUAAUGUAAAACUUUGUUUUACACCCAUGAUUAUUUCAAAAUCAUUUAACCAUAGUCAGGAAGCACGUUUAAGUGAAUUUUCUACUAAUAGAGAUGAUCACCCACUCAUUGCACAGUUUGCAGCUAACAACUCCGUGGACAUAUUGGCUUCCAGUCAACUUGUUAGUCCUUUCAUUGAUGGAGUUGAUUUAAACUGUGGUUGUCCUCAAUCAUGGGCUAUAGCCAAAGGCUAUGGAUGUGCUCUUUUGCGCAAGCCAGAAUUAAUCGAAGAUAUUGUAAAGACACUACGCAGAAAUUUCCCAACUGCCUUUAGUGUAUCGGUUAAAUUGCGUCUUCUCCAGGGAGAAGCGGGAUCAACUAUUGAUCUAUGCCGUCAGCUGGAGAAGUGUGGAGCUUCGUUUUUGGUUAUUCAUGGUCGAACGCAAUGGCAAAAAACUUCACAUCCAGUUGACGUUAACGCUAUGGCCGAGAUAAAAAAAUCCAUCCAAAUUCCUCUUGUUGUUAAUGGCAACGUUUCGACGUCACAGGCGGCUGAAGAAAUAUAUGAACAAACCAAUGCCGAUGGGGUUAUGGCAGCGAGAGGACUCUUGGCAAAUCCGUCCCUUUUUACGGGUGCUCAACAGACAACAGUUGAAUGCCUACAGCAGUGGCUCGACAUUGGAUAUGCUGCAAAGGAUGACCUGUCCUUUCAAUGCUUCCAUCACCAUUUGACUUUUAUGUGGGGCAAGCGGAUGCGCCGACGAAGUCGUGUGAUCUUUAACAAUUUCUCUACAAAACAAGAUAUUUUUACAUUUUUCGAUGAACAACAUGGUAUUCGCCCUAGGGAAAUUAUUGAUUGGAUCCCAAAUUCACCGUGCCAAUAUCCUGAAAAUAUUGUCGCAAAAUAUUAUCCACAAAAACCCCAACCAAUUUUGAAUUCGAACAGCAAUGGAAAGUUUUUUUCUGCCUUUCAAGACGAAAUUCUCGAUACAGAAAGUGAAGCAAAUGAAAAUGAUCUGUUUUUUCAGAGUGGAUCAAUUUUCGAUUUGUGAUUCCGAAAAUAUAGUCCAAUCUAUAUAAGUUAUUACUUAUUACAAACAGAAAAGAAAGAAAAACAAAUUCAUAAAGGAUCGUAUGGCUAUAAACUAAAAAAUAAAAAGAAAAUAGUAACAAAAAUUUCACUAAACACAUAAUAUCCCUGUAUUCCUCAUAAUAUAAAGAUUUACGACACGGCCUCCGAAAAGAUAACUGAUGUUUUAAUAAAGAAAAAGUGUUUAGUUCUGUGCACUUUUCCUUAAAGCAGAUAUAUUAUCUGUUGUAUAAAAAUGUAAGAACAAACAGUAAAUACAUAUUUUGUUUAUUUGCGCAUGGGAAUAAUACAGUGAA